AUGACGGGCAGUGUUAUUGCAAGCAGCAAAGAGAUCUGCGAGGCAAAUGAAACCAUCAUGUGCCCUAUGUGCGAACGCAAUUGCACACUACAAAAACUCAAUGAAAGCUGCAUAUACGCCAAGGUUACACAUUUGUUUGAUAAUGGAGGGACUGUCUUCUUCGCUAUUUUCAUGGCAAUUUGGGCUACAGUCUUUCUAGAGUUUUGGAAAAGACGGAGAGCUGUAUUAACCUAUGACUGGGACCUCAUAGACUGGGAAGAUGAAGAGGAAGAGCUGCGUCCCCAGUUUGAAGCUAAAUAUUCCCAAGUGGAAAGAGUAAAUCCCAUCACAGGAAAACCUGAACCUUUUCAACCUUUCCCUGAUAAACUCAGUCGACUGAUGGUGUCUGUCUCAGGAAUAUUCUUCAUGAUUUCACUGGUCCUCACUGCAGUGUUUGCCGUUGUGGUGUACCGUCUGGUAGCUAUGGAACAGUUUGCUUCUUUCAAGUGGUAUUUCAUCAAGAAGUAUUGGCAGUUUGCAACAUCUGGCACUGGAGUCUGUAUCAAUUUUAUGAUCAUCAUGUCACUCAAUGUUGUAUAUGAAAAGGUUGCCUAUCUCCUGACAGACCUAGAGCACCCUAGAACAGAAUCUGAAUGGGAAAACAGCUUUGCCUUGAAAAUGUUCCUCUUCCAGUUCGUCAACUUGAACAGCUCCAUCUUUUACAUUGCCUUUUUUCUGGGCAGAUUUGCAGGCCGCCCGGGAAAGUACAACAAGCUUUUUAACAGAUGGAGACUGGAAGAGUGUCAUCCUAGUGGUUGCUUGAUAGAUCUGUGUUUGCAAAUGGGAGUUAUUAUGGUUUUAAAACAAAUGUGGAACAACUUCAUGGAACUAGGAUAUCCUUUAUUACAGAAUUGGUGGUCACGACGCAAAAUGAAGAGAGGAGGGCAAUUAAUGGAGCAUAAAAUUUCUCUACCUCAGUGGGAAAAAGAUUGGAAUCUGCAGCCUAUGAAUCUCCAUGGUUUAAUGGAUGAAUACUUAGAGAUGGUUUUACAGUUUGGCUUUACCACCAUCUUCGUUGCUGCCUUCCCACUGGCACCUCUCCUGGCACUGCUUAACAACAUCAUAGAAAUAAGAUUAGAUGCGUACAAGUUUGUCACUCAGUGGCGAAGACCGAUGCCUGCAAGAGCAACAGAUAUAGGUAUCUGGUAUGGGAUUCUGGAAGGAAUCGGUGUUCUGGCUGUCAUCACCAAUGCCUUUGUUAUUGCCAUUACUUCUGAUUACAUUCCACGUUUUGUCUAUGCAUACAAAUACGGUCCCUGUACAGAUCAAGGAUACAGACAAGAAAAAUGCUUAAAAGGGUAUGUCAACAGCAGUUUAUCAGUAUUCGAUUUGAGUGAACUUGGGAUGGGAUACUCAGGAUACUGCCGGUAUAGAGAUUACAGAGCCCCACCAUGGAGUUCAACUCCAUAUGAAUUCACUUUGCAGUUCUGGCAUGUCCUGGCAGCGCGGCUGGCCUUCAUCAUAGUAUUUGAGCACCUUGUUUUUGGAAUAAAGUCUUUCAUUGCCUACCUGAUUCCAGACAUGCCCAAAGACUUGUGCGACAGAAUGAGGAGAGAGAAAUACUUAGUCCAGGAAAUGAUGUAUGAGGCUGAACUGGAGCAUUUGCAGAAAGAAAGGAAAAAGAAUGGGAAACAGUAUCACCAUGAAUGGCCUUAG